AUGCAGAAGGACGACCUAGACGAGCAUUCAGCAUCAAGAGAAUUCAUCAUGCUAGUGCCAGCCCAGACCCAGGAAAAAGAUUCUCUAUACCAAGAAAUAAGAGCGGCUGUACGGGAAGGAAAACGAUCUCUCCCAAGCUCUCGUAAGAUUGCUAUCUCUUUAGGCGACUGUACGAUUAAUGCUAAAGAUAAGUUGUGCUGGCGUAAUAGAGUAUGGGUACCUGAAUGUGAACCACUUCGGACAGGAGUAAUCUAA